CCCCAUCUUUUUUUUUUUUUAAUUUUUUUAAUUUUUUUUCCUUCUUCUUCUUCCAACUCCAUCAUUUAUUUUCUCCAUUUCUCUACAAUGAUCUUCUUCAAAAUGUCAUCAUUCUCCAACAAUCCUUAAAAAUUUCCCCUCCACUGUAAAUAAAAUCAUCACCCAUAACAAACUUAUACUGUCCUCACUUUGCACUCCAAUAAAUUCAUUACCUAUAACACAAACCAUCCACGAGAAAAAAAGAAACAAAAAGGAAAGAAAACCUCACAUUCCUCGAGAAACAAAAAUCAAACUAAAGAUGCUUCUUUUAUUGCAUUUGCUUAUUCUUUUCUCUCUCGCAAUCUCAAUAACGGGUGAUCAUCACCAGCGGCAGCAACACGAAAUAUCUUUCUACGAUGUUCUUAAAGACCAUGGGCUACCCAUGGGCCUAUUACCUAAAGGAGUUAAAGAUUUUAAAAUCAAUGAAACAGGUGCUUUUGAGGUACACUUAGAUCAAGCUUGUAAUGCAAAGUUUGAGAGUGAAUUACAUUAUGAUAUGAAUGUUUCGGGCACUUUGAGUUAUGGACAGAUCGGGGCGUUGUCCGGUAUUUCGGCCCAAGAGUUGUUUUUGUGGUUUCCGGUUAAGGGUAUUCGGGUUGAUGUGCCCAGUUCGGGUCUUAUAUAUUUUGAUGUUGGUGUUGUUUCUAAACAGUUUUCACUUUCUUUGUUUGAAACUCCAAGGGAUUGUACGGCUGUUCGUGAUGGUCAAUUUGAAGAUAUUCAGCAUGGGAAGCUAAUUGCUGAUGCUGUUUCUAAGAGUCAGAAUGGGGAGUUAAGAUAUCAACUUGACCAAGGGAAUUUUGGGAGGGGAGUUCUGUAGAAUGCAUAGAAGAGAAGUUGGUUUAAGACGUGCAAUAGCUCAAUCAAAUUAAUCAAGUCAAGGGUUCAUCAUUUCACUUUAUAAAAAUUUCACGGAUGAUUCUGCUUCAGCAGGUCAAAGGCUUCGAUUCAGUGUGUUUGCUUUAUGUUCCUUUCUUUUUCUCCCCAUAUAGUGCAGAAUAUAUGACUUAGCAGAGUCAGCUCUUGUUAUCUAUGCGUGUAUGCGCAUUGUAUGUAUGUAUUUGAGAGGAAAAUUUUAUUGAGGCGGCAGCAUGAUCAUCAAAAGCAUCGUACCUGCAGAAACAUAAAGUGAGACAGGAGCUUUUGGCUGAGGUAAUGUUCAGGUGAUAAUUCAGAGAAAAAAGUUAAAUUUAUAUGUUAAAUUUGUUUUAUUAUGAAUGUUAAACCCGGGUGCAAUAUCGAAUCAGUUUUUGUAGAAUAAGUUUUCUUAGAUUGAUGAGAGACAUAUACAUUCACCAGAAAAAAUAAAAUAUCAAUAAUAAAUGGCUUCUAGCGUCAAUUUUCCCUCCUA